ACGGCCCAAAUGACACUGUCAUCUCGUCCCAUGGCCUCCAAACCCUCAGAACAGCGGCCGCUGACGGCACUGACCUGUUCAUCGUGUGAAUAUACGGUGGGGCAGGCACAGGGAACGAAGCGUACUAUCUGUCCGAACUGUGGUAACUUCUAUGAUCGUCAGACCGCGGUUAGUCUGCGGAUGCAUCAUACCAACCGUACCCGAGUCAACGGCAACAGACUCCGAAAUUCCGACGGCUCAGCUAGUGAUAAAGAAAAAUCUGGUGGUCGACUCCAAACAAUUGCAAACUUCUUUCAAAAUCUUACACCAAAUCGAAAGACUCGCAACAACAAGGAUUCUGGGAGUAGAAGCUUAAAUGCAACACCUGGCUCGGAAGGACGCACUGAGUUACCUCCCAUUUCGUCAGAUGUCAAACAUCAGCUGACGGUUCACAAUGGCCGCUCGCCCAGUGCUUCUCCAUCCAGAGGUCAUGUGUCAGCACUGUCUCCUCAGACUAAUGUUGUCGCAGGUGGAAAGUCCCCAUUGACCUCAAACAGAGGCAAGGUCAUCUACCCAAUCAGGACCAAGACGACUGGACAGUUAGAACAGGACAUAAAGAUGGCCAAAGAGAAAGAUGACUGGACUCCUGUUCAAGAAUUCUAUGCAACAACAUUUGACUCCUUUUUGGAGCUGAAUGCCCUAUUUAAGCGAGAUCCCAACAAAGAGUUCCGAUCCACAGAAGACUGUGGAUUGAAGCAAGACCUUGUGGAUUCUGUGCUGGACCAUCUGCUGGAUGUGCCUCAAGAGAUUCAGAAGGUUGUUCUCAAAUGUAUCAUAAACAGUAUGCUAAAGGACAAACGGCCACACACAAAAGAUGACCUUAGAGCUUAUCUAAUUCUACUACAGAACCCCCAGUUUAACAGCCUGUCCACCUAUGUGAUAUUUGCCCAUCUCCUCCGCCAGGUUGCUGCUCUCACAGAUCAUGAUCAUCAUUACCUCGUUCACUGGCUUAGAAAGUUACCUGUCAAGAAGUUUAAAGAUAUUUUACAACGUCUGCAUAAUUUUAUCGCGUGUCGUCUCUUUCCGCCAAAGCAGCAGGAUUUACCUGCCCUUGCUAAGUGUACUUGGUGGAUUCCGAGUGCAACCAAAGUCCUGGCCUUGAUCAAUGCUGCUAACAACCUGGCCAGCCCGUUACUUUUGCCUUACCCUGAGCUAUAUAACAGUACCUUAGACCACCUGGACCUAAUGGCAGAGUACUACGCCUGGCAGAACCAGAGCUCACAUGCAGGGUUUUCGUUUUGCCAGUAUCCUUUUAUAUUAAGUAUAGCGGCCAAAAGGAAUAUCCUGCAAAGAGACUCAGAGCAGCAAAUGAUAAUCAUGGCAAGACGUAGUUUAGUGGCCAAAGUCCAGCGUCGACAGUUACCUGACAUAGGGAUGCUAUUCCUGAACCUCAACGUUCGACGCACCCACCUGGUGUCUGACUCCCUUAAUGAGAUUGCCAGAAAGCAACAUGACCUGAAGAAAAAGCUGAAGGUGACAUUUGCCGGGGAACCUGGGUUGGACAUGGGAGGUCUAACCAAAGAGUGGUUCCUGCUUCUAGUCAGGCAGAUUUUUCAGCCAGAAUACGGUAUGUUUGUAUAUGACAAGAAGGCAGGGGUCUACUGGUUUAGUACAGCUGCCUGUGAGAACUGUCAGGAAUUCAACCUCGUUGGUGUUUUGAUGGGAUUGGCAGUGUAUAACAGUAUCAUACUGGAUAUCCGGUUCCCUCAGUGCUGCUACAAGAAACUGCUCAGUCCUGCUGUGGUGCCAUACAACAACCCCCGUGCAACCGUAGGAGUGGUCUCCCUUGCGUUGGAGGAUCUCAAAGGCGUUCAGCCUGAUGUGGCGCAUGGUUUACAAGAGCUUCUGGAUUAUGAGGGAAAUGUUGAGGAUGACUUUUGCUUGACAUUUCAGAUCUCUUUCAGUGAAUUGGGCCAGACAAAAACUCAUAACCUUAAAACAGACGGAGACAAAAUCCCUGUCACCAACAAGAAUCGCAAAGAUUAUGUACAGCGGUAUGUGGACUAUGUGCUGAACAAAGCCAUCUUCCAACAGUUUCAGGCCUUUUACCAUGGGUUUCACAGUGUGUGCGCAUCUAAUGCUCUCAUUAUGUUACGGCCUGAGGAAGUGGAAACACUGGUGUGUGGUAACCCUAACCUGGACAUGGCUGAGCUGAAAAAGGUGACCGUGUAUGACGGGUUCCACACUCAGGAUCAGGCAGUUAGAUAUUUCUGGGAGUUGGUGCUCAGCUGGUCCAAAAGUCUUCAGAAGAGGUUGUUGUUGUUCACCACUGGCAGUGACCGAAUUCCUAUUGGAGGAAUGUCAGAGAUGUCCUUCAAGAUUACCAAGGUGGAGGACACUAGUCUACUACCGAUGGCCCACACCUGUUUUAAUCAACUGGUCUUACCUGCUUACAAAAAUCGCAAGAUUCUGAAACAGAAGCUCAUCCUGGCCAUUCAAAAUGCCGAAGGAUUUGGCCUUGAGUAGGUCAGAGGUCAUGGCCUUCAUCUUUUGAAUGAUGUCACCUUCACCUUAAAGACAAAGGUCAAAUAACAGUGCUGUCAAGAACUGUUUCCAAGAACAGCUGUUCUUGUAAGAAGUGGAUUGUGGGUUUAUUUGGCCAAAAUAUAAUUUCAAACUCUGGAUCUCAUAUGACCUUUGGUUGUGUUACAUCUGUCAACAUAUUUUUUGAACACUUACACAUUUGUUUUUGUGAUUGCCACAACUAUUUUUUUUUAAUGGAAGACACAUUCCAUUUGCUUUAUAACGAACUGUUUGACACAUACAUAAUUGUCAUCUUUUUUUAUUGAAUGUAUGUAAGCCACACAUGUGGAACUGUGAAAAGAUGUUAAAGUUGGUUUUACAAUGCAUUUUCCUUACUUAUAUUAUUGUUUUCUCACGCACUAAACCUGCCAUAAUAUUUGACUUGAUAAUAUUUUCAUGACAUAUUAAGCAUUCCCUUUAUUGUCAACCUGACCAGCACAUACUUCAGUUUGUCAUUGUUUAGUGAAAUUUCUACAAUAUGUGAGAUAUUUGUAGGCAAAACAUGUAUUCAGAUUCUGAUAAUUGCUGUCGUAAAUCAUUCCAGGAAGUUUGUAUUAAAAUGAAAAAAGCAAACUUUGUAUCUCAUUCAAAAGCUUGAUCGCUAAUUUUUUUUUUUUGGACGAAACUGUCUUCACUCGUGUAAUUUCUUGCCACUCAUGAUAAAAGAAGGUACUAGUUCAUGUUUAUUAUUAAUUUUUUAAUAUUAUUUUCUUUGGUUUCAAACCAUGACAGCAAAUCAACUUUCAAAUGGUCAAAACUGACAAGCAAAGUUUGUCCAUCAGCCUUGGUAUAAGAAGUGUUGUUUUUUUAUCCCGGUUUUUCAUUUAGCCUAUGUUCAUAGAAUUUCAAUAUUCCUUAAGUGUUAAGAUUCUAAAAAGAAUCUUUACCGCCAUUCUUGUAUUAAAGGUAUUGAAUCUGCGGUUGGCUAAGUGGAUUGUAAUUAUCAAGGGAACAUACAUGUGUAACCUUCAUUGUUUGUGGAGAGGGCCCUGUUGCCACGUUGACAAAACAUCAAAACAAUUCAAAGAAUUACCUGGCUGUUAGUAAACAAAGGUAAAUUAAAAAAUCACAAUGUCCAGUGACUGACUUGAUAAUUGCACAGCUAUUUAAAACGUUUCUGCAUUGUUUUAAGUUUUUUAAUGUUGAACCCUCCCCACCCCUGUCACUGUAUAUUACCUGUAUGUUAUUUAUAAAAAUCUAUGUCCUUUGACUGCAAUAUUCUUUUCUCUUCAUUUCGUAAUUUUUAUUAUAAAUCUCUUUACCUCACCUUUGACUUACAAUUGUCCGUUAAUAUAUGUACUUUAUAUAUGUAUAUCUUUUCUCGGUACUUACGUGUACACGUAAGUGGAAAGCACAUGUUUCUUUUUUACAAGACUGUUUUGUUAAUGAUAUAAAGUUGGCGAGAUGAUCAUGUUUUUUUGUUCUUUUUUUAGGUGUUAUUUCAAUUUUUUUUGUUAAAAUCAUUACUAAGAAUCAUUCCAAGUGCCAGGUGCAACUGUAAGAAAUCUUUUAUUCUUUUAAUCAUUGAGCCGCAAACUGUUUGAUGAAAAAUUUUGAAAUCCUGUGUUUACAUAACAAUUAUAAAACUGAAUCACUGCUUGGUUAGAAUCACAUUUGUAAAUUGUUGGCUUUUAUUGUUGCAUUUUCAUUGCAUUUCAGCCGAUGAUGCUUUGUGAUUGAUUUUAACGAUACGUAAUUUGCAUUGUUAAAAUUUCGGUGCAUCUGACAGCGAUACAAACUGUUUGUAUUGUGUGUUUCUAAUUUUUGCAGUGAAUCAGUGCUCAAGUUCAAAGCUCAUCCAGAUGUAUCUGUUAUAUAAAAUUUCCAUGAUCUGUUAUUUCCUUGUAGUUGAGGUGACUGUAAGUGACACAAUAUUGCAUUAAUGAUAUUUGAGUGUGCUGAUCAGAAAUUGAGUAUUCAGGGUUGUAGGCUGUGUGUGUGUGUGGUGGGUAUUACAUACAUACCAGCACAACUAAUACCCUCCACCCUCUUAGGUGAGGCAAGUAUAUCCCUCUAAGUGGGUUGAAAAAAGAAAUGACCUGAUGUUCUGAUCAGAAUUAGGUGUUCUGAUUUGAAGGUUUACGAAAAAGAAAGUAAACCACUGCAGAAGUAGGUUUUAAAAAUUAUGAGAACUUGUUUUUUUUUUAAUUUUUAUUUAUAUUCAACGCCCAGUAUAUCAGCAAUCACAAAUGUUGAAUUAAAAUUAAUUUGUAAUCCUGUAACACAUUACAUUCCAUCAACAGACACCUGAGAAUUUGGUUAUUUAUUUAUAUGAAAAAUCUCAAUAAGAUAUAAGAUUAAAACCCCAAAAUUUUGGUUUAUGAAAUGACAUGGUGGUUCUGUUGACUUAGUCAUUGAAAAAAAAAUGGCAAAGCCUUAACAUUAAUGAACCUAAAUGUAAUUCAUCAUCCUUAACAACCUGUCUCCAAACUAGGACUACACAUUCCUUAUUGCCAUGUGACGAGAAAAUGCUUAGUUUAAGGAAGGCGGCAUGCAUCCUCGUAACUCUGGUGUCACCAGUGGGUUACUUACUGCAAAACAUUCACUAGUAGAGACCUAAUCGACUUCAUUAAUCCACUUCUCUUGAAGUCUUAUUUCCUUUCUCAAGUCAUCUCAAAUUGUGAUCUGUGUUGAAGUCUUAUUUCCUUUCUCAAGUCAUCUCAAAUUGUGAUCUGUGUUGAAGUCUUAUUUCCUUUCUCAAGUCAUCUCAAAUUGUGAUCUGGUGUGUUUUUCACGCAUGAUAUAAUCUGGACUGACUGAUAGAGAAGAUAGCCAUACCCUAGUAUACUACCUUUUUGGAAUGCUAGCGGGAAUAAUUUAGGACCAACGUGUUUGCCUCCAUAUUUGGAGGGUGGCAUCUAUCCAAGCAUGCAUUUCUCUGGCCGGUUUCUAAUAAACCCCGUUCAGGCACAUGUACCGAUCUGUGACCUAACAAAUCAAGCCUUAUUACUGUGAUACUUUUAUAACAUUGUAUAUGUUGUAAAUAGAUAAUAUAUUUAUUCACAUACAGUUGGUGAUAUAAGGACUGCUUUAACUGAACUCUGUUAACUGUGGUUGUCACUGCUGUAUCUGUCCACUGACUGAGGAUAUAUAUUUGAUAUACACUGAAUGUUUUAUUAUUGUUACCAGAGUAUAUGUAUGAUAUAAUUGUUGUAUGUACUUAUACUCAGUUCUGUUACACUACUACUUCGUUGUUGUUACGCAUAUAUGGGACAUCUGCUACAUAAGCUAUAUACUUUUACACCUGAGGGUUUUGAUUACAUUGCAUAAGCUCAUUUACAUAAAUGUGUAAUAAUUUACAGCUGUAGUACAGACAUGUUAAUGCAAAGGCAUCGGAUGUUUAUCGUUGUAAAGGGAGGUAAAUCUUGAAAAUUCAGAGUCCUGUCUGUGUCAGUGCACAACAUUGGCAAUUCUCAUGGUAAUAUGAUCACUCUUUAGCAGUCAUUUACAUAAUUUUACAUGUCUGUGCAACAUGUCUCUGUAUGUCUUUGCAUGCAAUUAUUAAAUGACAAUUUCCACUUUUAAUUCAUCAUAGGUGAAUAUAAUUCUGGAGUAAUGGCUGGGGGGAAAGCACAACCAUCUGAUUCCCUGAUGGCAGUGUAUUGGAGCCAGUUUGAUGUACCCACUUAAAUAGAUGUUAGCUACACUUGGGCUUAAGCAAUAUGGAUUUGAAGACCAGAGUCACAUAAUAUCAGGCAUGUGUAAUAUUAUCAUGUUUAAAUUAUGCAAAUCCCUUUUGAGAAUGAGUCAAAUUGUUUAAAAGUUUACAGAGCUAUGUCCAUUUUUCAACACGGCAUUGCCAGAAAUGCUUCACAUGACUUGGAAAUUAGGACAAUCAUAACGCCAAAUGUGAUGUUCACCCAGGCAGCCAUGAUGGGCAUUUCUUCAGGUCCCCAAAACUGAAUUUAAGAUUUCUGAAAAAAGGGCAAUGAGCACUGUUUGUGGUAAAUGCCUUGUGAUAAACACUAAAGUGUUGUGGUACAUGCACACUUAAGAAUGGGACAUGUAACAUCACCCAAAGAAACGAUUCACAUAUACACUGGAGCAUGGGGAUAAGAAUUUGUUCCACACAUUUGAGUGCAU